AUGAUUUGGCGUACACGUAGCGUGUUAGUAGACGGCCAAGUGGAGUGGCAUAUGUCGGUCCAUAAGUCUUGUUUGGAUGCUAGUGAAUUUAGUUCCGUGGAAGUGCAUGCGGUGGAGACCAAGGUGGGUCCGUCCAGUCGGGUUAGGAUGUGGGCUUGGAGGAUGUCUGGGUGGAUGGCGGAAAUUGAGGUGGUGAUCGUUGAGCGUUCCAAGGUGGUUGCUGCGUUGGUGGAGGAACAUGGUGGUGGUGGUGGAUGUGUGGAGAAAGACAUGCUGGAGAGAAACGGAUCAGAUGAAGAGAAAAAGCAAUCUGUCCAAUGGACCCGUGAGUAA